AUUCCCGCGAGCGCUGCUUCGUCGGUCCAGCAUGUCGUCGAUCGAGAAGCUCUCGAUCUGUGGCAUCCGCAGCUUCUACCCUGGGCGCGCCGAGUCGAUCGAGUUUAACCAGCCUCUCACCGUCAUCCUCGGUGCCAACGGGUGCGGCAAGACGACGAUCAUCGAGUGCCUCAAGAUCAGCUGCACGGGGUCGCUGCCGCCGAGUGCGCGCAGUGGCCAGAGCUUCAUUCACGACCCCAAGAUCCGCGGGGACGUCGAGGUCAAGGCGAACAUUCGGCUGCGCUUCAAGAGCCGCGCCGGCCAGACCAUGGUCGUGCAACGGACGUUCCGGUUGCAGCAGAUGAAGUCCACGUGCAAGUACCAGGCGCUCGACGGCGUCGUGCGCAUGCUCGACAAGCACGGGAAGAAGCUCAGCAUUAACCAAAAGUGCGGCGAGCUCGACAAGCACAUCCCGGAUCUCCUCGGCGUCUCGGCGGCCGUGCUCGAAAGCGUGAUUUUUUGCCACCAGGAAGAGUCCAACUGGCCGCUCCAGGAAGGUAUCGUGCUCAAGAAGCGCUUUGACGACAUCUUUGAGUCGGCUCGCUACACCAAGGCGCUCGACGCGAUCAAGAAGCUCAAGAAGGACCGGGUCGGCAUUGCCAAGGACAUGAAGCGCGACCUGGACGUGCUCGCCGAGCAGGUGAGCCGCGUGCGCGAGAUGGAAGAGCAGCUCGAGGAGCAGCAGGCGAAGCUCGAGUCGCUCCAAGCCGACUAUGCGCAGCUCUCGAGCGACAUUGACCUGCGCGAGACGCGCGUCCACGAGACUGAGGCCGCGCUCGGCCACGUGCGCAGCGUCCUCGACCAGCUUCGUGCGCAAGAAGCGGUCGUCAAGCAGAAAAGCGACGAGAUCACACGCGUGUACCAGCAGAUGGGGCGUGAAAUGGCCGAGUCGACCGAGAGCUUGGAAGAGAUCCUCGCCAACUACGACAGCAUUCUCGCGAUCAAGCGCAAGGAAGUGCAAGAUCUCUCGACGCAAGAGUCGCAGCUCCAAGACGAGCUCGCGAGCGUCGACCAGGCCGAGCGCAAGCUCGCGCAUGAAAAGGGCGUCCUGGAGGCCACCAUGGCGCAGCAAAAGGAGGCGAUGCGCGCGCGGACCGACCUCGCGACCAAGUUGGGCUCGACGUACGGCAUUGCAGCUGCCGUCGUGACCCAAGACGACGCUCGCAUCUUUGCGUCGCGGCUCCAGGACGUCCUCGCGCAGCUCGGCGCGACGCUCAAGCGCCUCGAAGCCGACGCCCGGCGCGGCGACGACGAGUGGAACGCCAAGCAGACGACGGUCUCGGCCAAGGUGCACCACUGCCACGAGACGCUCGGCGCCAAAACGCGCGAACUGUCGGCGUUGAAGCGCAAGGAAGACGCGCUGGUCGCGGAGCUCAACACGUCGAGCGGCGGCCUCGACGCGUCCCAGCGCGAGUGGGGCGUCGUGGAAGCCCGACUUGCAGACGCCGAGGCCAAGCUCAGUGCCUUGCGCGAGUCGGCGACCACCGCGACGCUCAAAGAAGACAUUUUGGCGCUGGAGAAGGAAGCCAAUAGCAUUACGUUUGAUUUGCGGGCGCUCGACGACAAGCUCCAGAUCUUGCGCACCUUUGAGCGCGACCAGAUCGCGCUCGAGCACAAGCGCAACGAGCACACGGCCAAGCGCAAGGCGCUCGAGACGGCCCUCGCCUCGAGCCAAAACGUCCUCGAGUCGCCGCUGUCGUUUGCGACGCUGAGCGACGACCGCAACCGCGUCGAAACGCUCGUGUUUGAGCUCAAGCGGUCGCGCGAGACCUCCAGCGCCAACGUCGCCAAGCUCGAGCGAGAGAUGGCUGAGGCCCAAGUCAAGAAGCGUACGGACGAGGGCGCAAUUGCGAAGACGCGGACGCGGUACGAGACGCUCUCAAACGGCCCGAUGCUCGAGUGGAAGACGCUCCUCGCCACCUUUGGGCUCCAGCCCGAGACGGCGCUGACCCAGCUCGAAGCGCAGUACCUCGAUGCAAAGGACAAGACGCAGAGCCGGAAGAACACGAUCGUGUUCCUUCGCACGUACAUGAAGAAGGGCGAGAAGGACCACUGCUGCCCGCUCUGCCAGCGCGGGCUCUCGCCGGACGAGGAGACGCUCUUCUCCCAGCUCAUUGCGAACAAAAUGGACGACAGCAAGAACCAAGAAAAGAUCGCGAAAGCUGAGCGCAACGAGAGCGCGGCGCUGGACGCGUGGAAGCGCUGCGAGAAGCUCCAACCGCUCUAUACCGAGUUUGCCGCGCUCGAGGCGUCGCUUCCGACCAAGACGACCGAGCUCGAGUCGCUCUACACGACGAUCCGCAUGUUGGACGUGCAGCUCCAGGAGGCCAAAGCGACGCACGCGGCCAACGUGACGCGCUCGGAUGACGCGGCGGCGGCGCUCAAGCAGCUCACGUCGCUGCAGACGCAGUGGGAAGAACUCUCGUUUGUGGGCCACCGCCUCGACGGUGACGACGACCAUUUGCUCUCGGAAAAGACGAUCCGUCUCGGUGCCAACCCGCCGACGCUCGUUGAGGCGCAGGCGGCGCGCGAUGCGAAGCAAACCGGCCUCCAGGACAGCCAGUCGCGGCUCAAGCGGCUCCAACGUGAGCUCCAACUGCACCAAGAGACGCAGCAAGGGCUCCAGAACGAAGUGCACAAGUGCCGCGAAGAGAAAGCCGCGAUCCAGCAACGCCGCGUCGACGUCGAGAAGGCCCGCGAGGCGCGCGAAGGCCUCCGCGUGCACAUCAAAGCGCUCCAAGACGAAGUCGCGACGCUCCAGCGCGACCUGCCGGGCUACCAGCGCGAGCUGCAGCAGUGCAAGAACGAACAACUCUUGGCGCGGGAUACGCACCAGCGCGCAAUCGCGACCGCGCGCGAAGCGUCCUCGCGCUGUGAGAACGACAAGCGGCAGUACGACGACAAGAGCAAGCACGCCGACCAGUUUGCGCGCCAAAACCUCGACGGCCGCGCGCUCGAGCUCACAAGCCAGAUGCAGUCUCUCCAAGCAAUGAAGGCCGAGAAGGCGCGUCGCGUCGAGCAGAUCCAGCCCGAAAAGUCGUCGGCGCUCCGGGCGCUCGAUGAAAACGUGAGUUUGAAGCGGCAGAUUGACGACAACUUGAGCUACCGGCGGCUCCAAGCCGAGCUGCAGCAGGCCAAAGCGGCCGUGCUCGCGACGCAGCGCCAGCUCGGGCAGCUGCCGAGCGUGGCUGAGGCCGAGCGGUUGGUGGCCGACGCCAAGAACCAGUGCGACGCGACGCGCGAGGAGCGCGCAGUCUUCCGCGGCAAGCAAGAGGCGCUGCAAGAGGCGAUCCGCAACGUCCAGCUCAAGCUCCAUGGACGGGACUUGAAGAACAUUGAUGAAAAGCAGCGCUGCAAGCUCAUCGACUACGAGACGACGAUGAUGGCGGUCUCGGACCUCGACAAGUACUACAAGGCGCUGGACCUCUCGCUCAUGGAGUUCCACUCGAAGAAGAUCGAGGAGAUCAACGCCAUCAUCCGCACGCUGUGGCAGAUCACGUACCGGGGCAAUGACAUCGACACGAUCGAGCUCGUGAGUGGCCAAGAGUCGGGGGCAGCCGCGCGCGCCGGCCGCUCGUACAACUACCGCGUCGUGAUGCGCAAGGACAACACGUUGCUCGACAUGCGCGGUCGGUGCAGCGCCGGGCAAAAGGUGCUGGCGGCGCUCGUGAUCCGACUCGCGCUCGCCGAGACGUUUUGCUUGAACUGCGGGAUCCUGGCGCUGGACGAGCCGACAACGAACCUCGACUCGGCCAACAAGCUCGGGUUGGCGCAGGCCAUUGCCGACAUUCUCAAAGCGCGGGAGAACCAGCACAACUUUCAACUGAUCUGCAUCACGCACGACGAGGAGUUUGUGCAGAUGCUCAACCGGUCGCAGCUCAUGGGCGGGACGCGCCCCGAGUACUUUUGGACCGUGAGCCGCGAAGAAAUCUUGCCCCGCUAUUAUUGCAGCAAGAUUGAGAAGCGCAACUGGAACUCGGACGUGAUUUACCGCCCGAAUGACGACAUUUAAACGCAUAAAACGCAUUUUAUGAUACAUUGAUAUCUUGAUAUAUACA